CAAUGAACGUGCUUAUUUAUUAAUGUUUGUUAAUGACUAAAAAUGUUGAACUUAAAUUGUGUGAUAUGUGCUGAGCUAUUCACACACUCCGACGAAGUGCAUGUUACGGUAUGUGGACAUAUGUUCCACCACAGUUGUCUAAAACAAUGGAUGGAUCGUUCAAAAACAUGUCCACAAUGCCGUAACAAAUGCACCACUCGCAAUAUAUUUCGCGUGUACUUUAACUUGGCCAACUUGGAUGUAAGUCACAUCGAUGUGGGCUCAUUGCAGGAGCAGCUGGACAAUGCCAAACUAGCGAUGAAAAUGAAAGAGCAGGAGCACAAGAAAGCCGACCAACAAGUCAAAGAACUUAAGGAAACACAAAAGAAGUGCCUCAAGACUAUUGCUGGUCUGGAGCAGAAGGUGCAAAAACGUGACUUUACGUUAAGCAGCUAUGUGGAGCAGAUUAGCAUACUAAAGAAUGAUGCACGCGUAGUGGAUGAGCUGCGCAAGGAAAACAAAAAUCUCAAACAACAGAUACACACCAUGGAAAGCAUCUCAGCCAUACUGACGGCAGGCUCAGCUGAAGCAGAGGCUUUGCUUAAGAACGAGACCAAUCCGCAUGUGCUGGCCAACUGGGUGUCCACGCUAAAACGCGAGCUGCGUCAAUGUGAAACCAAAAAGACUGAACUGCGCAAUGUGCUCAAACUAGUACAAAAUGAUUUGCGCAAGGAGCUGGAAUGCAAGCGCAAGUUGGACGAGCAAAUUUCGCAGCUGGAAAGCGAUUUGUAUCGUGCACAGGAGCAGCUCAAGUCAGGCACCGUAGAUUUAACAGUUAACAAUAACAUAGCUACGCUUAAGCAGGACGAACGACGCAGCACAAUUUCACCCACAACUAAGCAAAAUAUAAAACUCAUACACGAGUCGACAUCCCCCUAUUUGAAUAUCAAGUCAAGCAGUGUGGGCAUGGCGCAUUUACUUAAGGCACCCAGCAUGAUGUCGGAAAAGAUAUCGCCCAUCAAAUGCAGCGAUGGCAUUAGCAUGACAGGCGCCAUACGCAAAACGACUAGUGAUCUUAGUGAAAAGUAUUCCAUAUUUAAAAAGCCACGUCUGGGUCUGGGUGCUACCAGUUCUGGUUUAAGAGCUACUAUGCGACCUAACUUUGUAUACAACGGUAUGGGCGGCUCAGAGAAGGUAGAUCCGUUCAACCAGCAGCAGCAGGAGGAGAAGGAGGAGGAAACGGAGAAUCAUCAGAUCGCUACAAUCAAAACUAUUAAUGCACGUCUUAAGUCUAAAGCGCUUCGCAAUAUUAAGUUGCCAAAGUAGUGCAAGCCAAUAAAACCCCAUGAUUCCCAUAAUUUUGUAAAUUUCCCUUUCCCAUUAUAAAUAGGCCUAGCAAACUAUAGAUUUCGCUGACUGCAUAUUGUUAUUGUGGAUGACACUAGCCAACUGCAAAAUGUUGUUGCACUGCUCCGCAUAAAAAUGGCGGCAAAACAAAUUAUUUAUAUUGUCUACUUAGUUAA